AUGCUGACAGUGAGCACACACCAUUCAGCACUCCUGCCGCUUGAAAACAUCGUUCUUCCUCCAGACAAAACCGGCAUCGAAGGUCUUGAUACUCAAUUUGGCCUGCUUGAUGGCCAGGAUCUCCUACUUCAAGACUGGUUUGAUCAGAAUUUUUAUGAAGCACUUCAUGAGACUGAUACUCUCUGGCCAUUGAGUGGAGAUGGAACAACUAUCGAGAUGCCUACGCUGGGGGAUACAGUGAUGGACGACCUGAGUUCCCCACAAAGAGAUGAGGAUUUGAGAGACAACAGGCAUACAGUCCCAAUGCCUGUGAGUCGCAUUCCAUCGCCACCAAACGAAGCUUCAGAGGAAGACAGGUGGCCCUUUACUUGGGAUCCGCGGUCGCGUCGCAUCCUUGCCUCAAAAUCCAUUGAGAUUACAGAGGACCACCCACUUCAAAUAGGUCAUCGCCGUAGGUUCGAUAUCACCAACAUCAAAUAUGACAAAGUCAAAAGAUUUUGGCAGUUACCUACCGAUCACAGUAUGGGACAAUUUUCGAUCGAGAUUCCAACAUUGAGAACAGCCAACAUACUCAUUGGCAUCUUUUUUACACAUUUUGAGCCUCGAAUGCCUGUGAUUCAUCGUCCAUCUCUUCAGAACACAGACAAUCUUCCCGAUGCGCUGAUAGCUGCGAUGAUUGUGAUAGGGGCGAUCUACAGCAGGCAACGGCAUAGUACUCGCUUCGCUAUCGUCCUGCUAGACAUGAGUCGGAUCGCUGCUCAGGUUACAAUGGAGCAUGAUAACAGCCUAAUGAGAGAUGCCAUGUACAUUUAUGCUGUCGGCCUCAUUUGUUACGUGGGACUCUGGUGCGGGAACAAACGCGCAUUUGAGUUGGCAGAACUCUCAAGAGCAGCCAUCGUCAAUUUUUGCAGAAGAAGUCAUUUCACGAGUGCCAGUCCAAGUCAGCAAAGGCGGGACUCGAAAACUAACCAAAAUGCUGGUCGCGAUAUUGGAGUUCACUGGGCCAAAUGGAUUGAGCAGGAGACCAAGAAGAGGCUCUGCUGGGUUGUCUAUGGCAUAGAUUGUGAGGCCGCAAGCCUGCUACAUAUACCUCCGACCCUAUCGAUCACCGAAAUCGUUAAGCUCGAAUGCCCUUGUGAUGAGGAAUUCUGGCAAGCUUCGAGUGCUCGACGGUGGAAGCGGCUUUUAGGACUUGCUCCUUUUCCAGCAUCUCGAGCCCUGUCGUCUGCAUUGUCACCAUUUUUGAAAGUACUCUACGCGAAUGAUGUCAAGACUUAUGACAGGUCGAGUAGCACCAUCAAGGCUUUGACUGGUCUUAAUUCUUGGAGCCGACUAUUGGUUUUGCAGUCACUGCAGCUUUUCGUUUACAAACUGUCUGAAGACAUGUCACUUACUACAUCUGCCGAUCUCACAGAUAGCGAAAACGAGGAAGACGAGUACGGACCACGGUGGAAUGCUCCAUUGUCCUUCCAACAUUCGCUAGGUAACUCCAACCCGGGGAGUACCAACAUUGAUCCUCCCAGUACACAAAACCUUCCCAUCAGUGAUACUGUACAAGUGGUCUCUCGCCGGAAGGCGCAAUUGGAAGAAUUGUUGUCAAGGUGGUCAAGCACCUGUCUGAGUAAUCCGCCUUCCGAUAUCACAAUUUACUCAACAUCCCGAUACUUCUACAAUGCAUCCGGAAGUCACCAUUUCCUCGCUAUUUUGAGCCUGAAUGUGCAGAUUGUGGAUCUUCAAGACGCUUUGGGGAAAUCUGGAAGCGCAGAGAUGGUUCUAGCUCUGGAAAACUUAUCUCGGGUUUACGAGCAUGAUAUGGCACAGACCACAGCAAGUGUGAUGCACUGCAAGAAGAUAGCAGAAUCUGAUAUUUGCGGGUCCGUAUCACCGGUGCAUGUAGGUGGUGAACAUGAUUCUGACCCGGAAGUUUUCAUUACGCUGUUUUUGGGUUAUGUAUUUCUGUGGACGGUCGCAAUGACGGCGAGUUCCGAGCUCAAGUCUCGUAUAAUUACUGCCUUGUCACCAGCAACAGCCGAUGGAGGCCAAACGAAAAUCGCAGGUGUCCUUCAAUAUGCAUUAGCAAUUGAAGAUGCCAAUCUGUCCACCAUCGUUGGAAUUGACAAUUUACCGGCUCCAGAUCAAUCCUCGAGAUCUGAACGGUCAGCACGACCAACAGUCAUCCUCCGUACUGGUGCCGAGGCACUGAGCCGAUUACGACCAUGGGGUGCCUGCUUGAAUCUGGCACUGCUACUCCAUCAGCGUGCGAAGAUGUGA